AUUAUGUUUCCUAUACGAUACUUGAUGGCAAUUAUGGGUUCUAUCGGACUCGCCAUCGUCUACGGAUUUAAAGUAAACGUAAGUGUGGCAAUCGUAGCUAUGGUAAACCACACUGCUGUAAAAUUAUCCACACUGCAUAUGUUGGAAUCUGAGAAUACAACUGCUGUUCCCGUGGAUGAAUGUCGAGAGAAUAAUACAUCGAAUGCAACGAAAAUUAGUACCAAGGAUGGACCAUUCGUAUGGAACGAACCUUUACAAGGACUUAUUUUAUCAGCAUAUUUUUGGGGAUACAUGCUAUCCUUACUUCCAGGCGGAAGAAUGGCUGAUCUGUUAUCAGCAAAAUGGGUGAUGAACGGAUCAGUGCUUCUAAACGUCGUAGCAUCUAUAUUAUCACCUGUUGCUGCUGAAAUACACUAUACACUAUUUAUCGCAAUGAGAUUUAUUCAAGGAAUUGGCGGGGGUGUAACAUUUCCUGCAAUGCACGCGAUGGUGGCUAAAUGGGCUCCACCAAACGAGAGAAGUAUUCUUGCUUCAAUUGUUUAUGCAGGAACUGCACUGGGCACCGUGAUUUCUAUACUCCUAACGGGAAUAAUAGCUGCAAAUUUUGAUUGGGUAUGGGUAUUUUACAUAGAAGCUGCACUUUGUUUAAUUUGGUGCACUGCCUGGUGGAUAAUGAUCGAAGACAGUCCUGAAGAGCAAACGAGGUUUAUUAGUCAAGAAGAAAAGGACUAUAUUAUGCAAUCUUUGAAUCAUACUAAGAAUAGUAGUGGACAUAAAGAGAAAUUACCAGUUCCAUGGGGAGAAGUACUACGAUCUAAACCAUUCAUGGCAAUUUUAAUUGCCCACUUCUGCAGUAAUUUUGGAUGGUACAUGUUGCUUAUUGAGCUGCCCACUUUUAUGAAUCAAAUAUUAAAGUUCGACAUGAGUUCGAAUGCUGGUGUCUCUUCCAUGCCAUUCUUAUGUAUGUGGAUUUUCACUAUAAUUCUUAGCAAGAUAUUAGCCGUUAUGCAAGAUAAAAAAUUGAUUACUGUAACAGUAUCGAGAAAAAUUGGAACGUUAUUUUCAUCUGUUGUCCCCAUGAUUUGCUUAAUAGCAGUAUCUUAUGUUGGCUGUAACCGAACGUUAGCUGUCAUAUUAAUGACCAUUGGAGUAACUUGUAUUGGUGGAAUGUAUAGUGGAUUCUUAUCAAACCACAUUGAUAUUGCUCCGAAUUUUGCUGGUACCCUUGUUGCCAUUACAAAUUGCGUUGCGACUAUACCUGGAUUCGUAGUGCCUAUAUUUGUAGGAAAAUUAACGCAUGGAAAUCAAACUAUAGGAGCGUGGAAGAUUAUAUUUUUUGCAACUGCUACUUUGUACAUAGUAGAAAUAAUAGUUUAUACAAUUUUUGGAAGUGGAGAAGAACAACCUUGGAACAAAACUAAACCAACCGAUGAAGAAAAGAAUGAUCAAACAUUACCGCUAAAAGUAGAUUCUAGAAAAUGA